AGAUGUCCGAUCCGAAGACAAGCCAGUAGCUUUUAGCUGCGGGACAUUGAAUGACUUUGUACCCGUGUGCGUUAAGAAAGUUCUCUGUUUGACAGGUUUAGAAUCGGCGCUAAUGGAGGCACUUAUACCUGUCAUAAACAAGCUGCAAGACGUAUUUAACACUGUCGGCGCAGACACAAUCCAACUGCCGCAGAUAGUUGUUGUGGGAACACAGAGCAGUGGGAAGAGUUCGGUUUUAGAGAGCCUGGUUGGCAGGGAUAUUCUGCCACGAGGGACUGGUGUUGUCACACGCCGGCCUCUCGUCCUCCAGCUAGUGCACAUCGACCAAGAAGACCGCAGAAAACCCACAGAAGAGAAUGAAUCCAAGAAAAACGGACGCCUUUACAAAGGCAUCGAUGGAGAAGAAUGGGGCAAAUUCCUACACACCAAAAACAAGAUCUACACAGAUUUUGAGGAAAUCAGACACGAAAUCGAGGCAGAAACAGAACGAAUUUCUGGCAGUAACAAAGGAAUUAGCGAUGAACCCAUUCACCUAAAAAUCUUCUCUCCACAAGUUGUGAAUCUCACAUUAGUGGAUCUUCCUGGCAUCACCAAGGUACCGGUGGGAGAUCAGCCCAAAGACAUAGAGAUCCAGAUCAGAGAGCUGAUUUUAAAGUAUAUCUCCAACCCCAAUUCAAUCAUCUUGGCUGUGACUGCUGCCAACACAGAUAUGGCGACAUCAGAGGCUCUCAAAGUGGCCCGUGAGGUUGACCCUGAUGGUAGGAGGACGCUAGCAGUGAUAACCAAGCUUGACCUGAUGGAUGCUGGUACGGAUGCCAUGGAUGUCCUGAUGGGCAGAGUCAUCCCUGUUAAACUGGGCAUUAUUGGAGUAGUAAACAGGAGCCAGUUGGAUAUCAAUCAGAAGAAGCUGGUGGCAGAUUCUAUUCGAGAUGAACAUGCAUUCUUACAAAAGAAGUACCCCUCCCUCGCAAACAGAAAUGGAACCAAAUAUCUGGCUAGAACAUUGAACAGGUUACUGAUGCACCACAUCAGAGACUGUCUCCCUGAGCUGAAGACGAGGAUCAAUGUGCUGGCAGCGCAGUAUCAGUCUUUACUCAACAGUUACGGUGAACCUGUCGAGGAUAAGAGUGCCACGUUGCUGCAGAUUAUCACCAAGUUUGCUGCAGAGUACUGCAACACAAUAGAGGGCACGGCCAAGUACAUUGAGACAGCUGAACUGUGUGGUGGAGCACGGAUUUGUUAUAUAUUCCACGAGACGUUCGGUCGCACGUUGGAGUCAGUCCAUCCUCUGGGCGGUCUGACAACCAUUGACGUGCUCACUGCAAUCAGAAAUGCAACGGGCCCGAGGCCGGCUCUGUUUGUGCCCGAGGUUUCGUUUGAGUUGCUUGUGAAGCGGCAGAUCAAGCGUCUGGAAGAGCCCAGCCUGCGCUGUGUGGAGCUCGUUCAUGAGGAGAUGCAGAGGAUCAUCCAGCAUUGCAGUAACUACAGCACGCAGGAGUUACUGAGGUUUCCAAAGCUUCAUGAUGCUAUAGUAGAGGUGGUCACAUCCCUUCUCAGAAAAAGACUCCCAGUCACAAAUGAAAUGGUACAUAACUUGGUUGCCAUUGAACUGGCGUAUAUCAACACCAAACACCCCGACUUUGCUGAUGCCAGUGGCCUUAUGAACAACAACAUUGAAGAGCAGAGACGGAAUAGACUGAGAGAUCUGCCCUCUGCCGUUCCCAGAGAUAAGUCCCUUAGAGAUCCUGGGGGGCAGUCUCUCUCCCCCACCGAAACUUCUGCCCAUGAGGGCGAGGUCACUAAGGGAGCAGCCAGUGUUUCUCAGAGCUCUUCUGUCAGUGACCAGACAGACAGUGGCACGGGCAACUGGAGGAGCAUGGUGAGAAAGGGCGAGGAGGUUCCAGCUGGUGACAGGGCCAUGCCCCAGCCUCUUAUCACUGCAAGUCCCCAGAAGGGCCAUGCUGUCAACCUAUUAGAUGUGCCUGUUCCAGUAUCAAGAAAGUUGUCUGCUCGGGAGCAGAGAGACUGUGAGGUCAUCGAGAGACUCAUCAAGUCAUAUUUCCUGAUUGUUCGGAAAAACAUCCAAGACAGUGUACCAAAGGCAGUGAUGCACUUCCUGGUGAACCAUGUGAAGGACUGCCUGCAGAGUGAGCUGGUGGGUCAGUUAUACAAGACGACGCUGCUGAGCGACCUGCUGACAGAGUCCGAGGACAUGGCUCAAAGACGCAACGAGGCUGCUGACAUGCUCAAGGCGUUGCAGAAAGCCAGCCAGGUGAUAGCAGAGAUCAGAGAAACCCACCUGUGGUGAGGAUGAGCAAUCUUUCAGCAAGCUCUCUUCAUCCUUGUGGGGACCCUCACCGUCUUCAUGUGGACCAUCCACCUCCCUGUCGAGACAUGCAGCAGCUCAGGCUGUAGAGACAACUCAGAAAUGCACUGGUGUGGAUAUGUGUAUAUGGAAACAUAGUUUUAAUGUACAGCAAGGAAGUAAUAAUCAGGGGAAGUACAUUUUAGUCACUCGCCAUGGGCAUCACGUAUACUUCUGUCCUAGAUUAUUAUAUUUUUCUUAAUGUAAGUAAAACAGUACAUAAAUAAUAUUAUACAUCACCACUAUGUGGAGCCUUGCUGAGGAAUAUGUGCUCUAACUGUAGAUUUUGAUUAAAGCUACAAAUGAAAACUCAUGUGACACCAUGUAUAUGCCCUCUUUAUUGGAUUUUGAAGUAAUUUGUGCACUGCAAAAGAAAUGCACUUUUUUUUUAAUUGUUAACAUACCCCAUACCAAUACAUCAUACAUUCAUUAUUUCUUUAUUUUUAAAGCGACACAAGAACAAUGCAAAAUUAGACACAUUUGCUGUUCAGUGUGAAUUUUUGUGUAAGAGUUAUUAUAGUGGACAGAUUUACACAGAAACACUUGUUUUGUACUUUUAUGACCAUAGUAACUGACACAUAACCCUACAAAAUAGAAGAAUGAACACAUGGACAAUAGACACCAGGGUCCAUCGCUGGUGUCACCGUCUGCCUCGACUCUAUCUUGUAGCAGCUUUAUCUCACCCGGCCCAUCUUGCCUUUUCCACGACCUUUGGCACUGAAAAUUUUCGAGAUACCAAUGAGUUUAAUAAACACGGAUAUCAUAUAGUUUCAUUAUUUAGCAAUUCGACAUACCAUUACCCAGGGUACAGAUGUUAAAGACAGAAAUAUAAAGACUGGGGGAAUCAUGAGAUGAUGUGGAAAUAAUUAAGUUGGUAAUGUUUUAAGUGCAGAAAUUGAACCGCAAACAUUUAAGGCUUCUUUUGACUUUAUGGGGGUAUGCUGUCAAGCUGCAUGCUGUUUGUUUAACAGAAAAUAAAUUCAAACUAUAAGAA